AUGUGCUCUGCUGCAAUUCUUCGAUCAAUUAAUGGUGUCUUAGCAAUCAUAUGCAGCGUAGUUUUAUAUGACAUAAUUACUCACUUGAAGCCAACACUUGACGAAAGAAAGGCGAUGCUUCGUGCAGUAGUCCCAUCCUUGUACCCCCUUCACUGGUUCUUUACUUUUUUUCUCUAUUAUACAGAUGUUGCAUCUGUUACUGCAGUUCUGGCUAUGUAUCUUGCAAGUUUGAAGAAGAAUUACUGGUUUAGGGCAUUGGCUCCCAUGCAUUUCACUAUCACCCAGGCUGUGGACCUGUUCCAAUUGUUUUGGGAACGUAGGCCCCUUCGUUUCUUUCAGAUUUCCUGGCUUCUAUUGUUGGCCUUCUCUCUGUACACUUUUUCAGGGACAGUUCUUCCAAGAUUAUUUUCCCAAGCCUCGAAUUCUAGUCAUGGGGAAACAAACUCUUUGUAUCGGGUUCAGAUACUACACCAUACCAUUCUAUAUCAUGAUGCAUCACCAUAA